CAUUGGUACGGCAUGUGGACUGUGCGUGGUACGAUAAUGGUACGGUGUGAAUGAGUUUCUACGGGCUCUAGUAAGGACGAGCGGUCACGUGUAUGUGAUUUCCAUUGUACCUGCCUGCGCUACUCACCUUGAAGUGUUAAAGACUGCAUCUCCGCCGCAUUCGUGUUCUCUUCAUUGCGAACCAUGCUGCGGACGGUGUUGGCAACCGUGCCUGUCCGUGUUGGUGUCCGUGAAGCCAGCAACACAGCAUUUGUGAGCCGUGUGAAGCGGGCAACUUAUGUGCGGCACUACCCGACAGUGCUCGUGCAGCCAGAUGGUUCAACUAUCACCGUGCGCUACCACGAGCCCCGCAGCCUUAUCAAGUUGCCGUUGAAGUUUGAAGAGUUGACACCAGAGGAGCAGCAGCUUGUACUUGUCAAGCGGAAACCUCCAGAGGUUGUUGUCAUCCAAGAAGAGUUGGAGGAUAACUUUGACAGCCAGCGGUACCUCAAGUUUAUCAAGAAGAAAAAGAAAUAGCUCUUUGGUCUGUGCUAGGUUUAGGUGAUCUUUUAAAACAAGCUGUUUGGAGCGAGAUGUCAUGUAUGAUGCUGAAGACUAUGGCCUGGUGCCAGAGAACCUUUAUGAGUCACUGUGAAUGGCAUUAAACAUGGUCAUGUUUAUUA